UUCCUGAGUCUGCGCAGUAAGUGUAAACAGGAAGAAGAGUGCAAAAUUAAACACUCGAUAAACGCUGCGUUACAUUGACAGUCUCUAUUUCGUGUCGCGAUGCAUAUGUACAGUUCUUGGUAAAAUUAUAUAAAUGCAUUAUCCGUACAUGAUGUGACGUGACUAAACAAAAGCGGAAAGAGAAAAUAGCGGGUUAUGCUAACGUUAACUGGCGGUACAGACAAACGCAUCGUUAAAAGACAGAUCGCAGACAGACUAUAUACAGUCCCGAAAGAAUUUAGUAUUGUACGCGAAUGACUGUUGUUUUAGCGAACGAAAAUAUCUGCAUUUGGUUCAUGCAGAUAAUUUCAAUUUCAUCCGACUGAAUUUCUACCUACCGGUGACUCAAUGGCCUACUAACCCAGAAAGUGAAUUGGGUGAAGGGUCUGUUUUCUUGCGGAAGAAAAGCGUUGGCUAAUUACAAAUCUGACAUCUGCGACAACGGUUAUUAGGAACGAUUCAAUAUGGUUCAGAAAGACAAAAUAAUCGAGUCGUCGCAGCCAGAGGUUGAAGUUAAUCCAGUACUAGUGGAAGCGGUUGCAGAAACGCAGUGUCCAGUUGAUGAGCCCACCAUCGAGGUUGAGCGAACAGGCCGCAGGAAAUUCGUCACUGGUGUUGUGGAGGGCUUUUAUGGACGGCCAUGGACUAUGGAACAAAGGAAAGAGCUUUUCAGGAGGCAGCAGAAAUGGGGUUUGAACACUUAUUUGUAUGCCCCAAAAGAUGACUACAAACACAGAAUGUUUUGGAGAGAAAUGUAUUCUGUUGAGGAAGCAGAGCAACUCACAACUUUGAUAAGUGCUGCUAAAGAGUAUGGGAUUGAGUUCAUUUAUGCCAUUUCUCCUGGCCUGGACAUUACAUUCUCAAAUCAAAAGGAAGUGUCGACACUUAAAAGGAAAUUAGACCAGGUCACUCAUUUUGGGUGCAAGUCCUUUGCCUUACUCUUUGAUGACAUCGAUCAUAACAUGUGUCCAGCUGACAAGGAGGUAUUCAGCUCUUUUGCACAUGCCCAAGUGUCUGUCACCAAUGAGAUCUUCCAAUAUUUGGGAGAACCUGAAAUUUUUUUGUUUUGCCCUACAGAGUAUUGUGGAACAUUUUGUUAUCCAAAUGUGUCACAAUCGCCUUACCUGCGCACAAUAGGUGAAAAGUUGCUUCCUGGUAUUGAGGUGUUAUGGACAGGUCCCAAGGUAGUAUCUAAAGACAUAACCGUUGAAUCGAUUGAAGAAGUCACAAAGAUACUAAGGAGAGCUCCUGUAAUCUGGGACAACAUCCAUGCUAAUGACUAUGAUCAAAAGAGACUUUUCUUGGGACCUUAUAAAGGCCGGUCUACAGAACUCAUUCCUCGGCUAAAGGGAGUCCUCACCAACCCCAACUGUGAAUUUGAGUCUAAUUUUGUGGCUAUUCAUACGUUAGCCACAUGGUAUAAGUCUAACAUGAAUGGAGUGAGAAAAGAUGUAGUCAUGACUGACAGUGAAGACAGCACUGUGUCCAUCCAGAUAAAGCUGGAAAACGAGGGCAGUGAUGAGGAGCUAGAAACCGAUAUCCUCUAUAGCCCACAGAUUGCACUCAAGCUAGCUCUCACUGAAUGGCUGAGCGAGUUUGGCGUCCCUCAUCAGUACAACAGCCGGCAAGUGCCUCACAGUGGAACAAAAAGUACUACUAUGGAUGUUCCCACGCUCACUGCAUCCACCCUGGUCACUUCCACUUCAGUGACCACAGUCUUCCAACAGCCCAUCAUGAGUCCGGUGGUGCCCCUUUCUGAUGAGCCACAUGUGCUUGGCAAAGAAGAAGAAGAGGAGGUGGAGAAGAAGGAGUUUGAUGAAGAACCCAUGGAGAUGGUUGUGGAGAAACACGACGAGGUCGAGGACACCAAAAAUGUCAACCAGAUUCUAACAGAGAUUGUCAAAGCCAAGAUGACGGAAGAUCUCAAACCCAUGGACACUGAUAAAGAGAGCCUGACAGAGUCCAAAUCGCCAGAAAUGUCUAUUCAAGAGGAUUCAGGCAGUGACAUUGCACCGAUGCAAACUGAUGAACAGCUCAAUAAGGAAUUGUUUGUUCCAGGCCCCAAUGAAAAACCGCUCUUCACUACUGAGGCACUUACUCUGGAGGAUCUGACGCUUCUGGCUGAACUUUUCUACCUGCCUUAUGAACACGGUCCAAAAGCAGUACAGAUGCUGAAAGAAUUUAACUGGUUGAGAGCCAAUAGCAAUUAUGUUAGUGUCAACUCCAAAGCAAAGGAUCCAGAGAAGGUAACUGAGUGGCAAUCCAGAGCGGAAAACUUUGAGGAGAUGUGCUGCUCUGUCAUGCAGAUGUUCACCAGACUCUCAAACUCCGCAAACAGGACCAUUCUUUAUGACCUGUAUCCCUAUAUCUGGGAUAUAAAGAGUAUCAUCUCAAUGGUGAAAUCAUUUGUUCAGUGGUUAGAUGGAAGAAUCCUCAGCACAAGCUUCUACUGCUAUUGGAUGGACAGUGCCCGAUGGUGUCGUAGUCAGUCGUCAGCACAGUUCUUAAGUGGCGACCAAGAGCCCUGGGCCUUUAGGGGCGGUCUAGCAGGAGAGUUUCAGAGACUGUUGCCAAUUGAUGGGGCAAACGAUCUUUUCUACCAGCCACCACCAUCAAUGCCAACUUCCAAAAUCUAUACCAUAAGGCCUUACUUUGCCAAAGAUGAGUCCGCCAUCUAUAAGAUCUGCAAGGAGAUGUUCACUGAGAGCUGUGAGGGCAUUUCUUUCUCAGAUGAAUCACCGGACCUUAUUGGAGACAGGUUAGUGGGAGGUUUCCUGACGCUCAGUACAGACUAUGGCUUUGUGCUUGAGGAUGAGGAAGGUGUGUGUGGCUAUGCUAUGGGCACAGUGGAUGUCAAGCCUUUCGUGAAGAAAUGCAAGCUUAGUUGGAUUCCGUUCAUGCAGGAGAAAUAUAUCAAGCCAGACACAGAGAAGGACCUUUCAGAGGCUGAGAAAAUGAUGCUGAGUUUUCAUGAGGAAGAAGAGGGUUUGCCAGAGUCAUUCCUCAGGAACUUCCCAUCACUCAUAAAAGUAGAUAUUCAUGCAAAAGUCACUGACCCCAGUGUUGCCAAAAGCAUGAUGGGAUGUCUACUCUCAUCACUGAAAGCUAAUGGCUCACAUGGUGCUUUCUGUGAGGUCCGGCAGAUUGACAAAAGAAUGUUGGAUUUUUAUAGCAAACUGGGCUGUUUUGAAGUGGCCAAGAUGGAGGGAUUCCCAAAAGACGUUAUUAUAAUGGGGAGGAGUUUGUGAAUCUGAGCCCCCUACAAAAAAAAGCAUACAGAAGGAGCCUCUUAGAAAGUGCACAAAGCUUUGGCCCCAACUUGCUACCUGUUCAUGUAAAUCUCAUGUUUUGUAGUCACAGCCAUCACUUGUUUAGGCCUGUAAAGGUAGCCUGAUUCACAUCAUUACAUCCAGUGCACUUCUAGAGUUUUAGCUGCUGUUGAUUCACUUUGUGUUGAUUCAGAUUGCGGUGGAUGCUAAAAGAGUUUGAAAGUGAGUGUGUGUGCACACAUCGGUGUGAGAAUGGAAAAAGAAUUGAAGUGAGUCUGCAAGAGUAAUUCGGCACGCAUGAUUUACUCUGACUGUUUUCUGGUGGACCGAGAGCUUGAGUUGGCCGAGUGCCAUCGAACCCACUCAAAUCUCUUAGAUGUGACCCAGUUGCGGUUUGCGUUAUGUGCAUGUUUAGGUUAACAUCUAAAUUCUCCAAACUAAAAGCUCACCGUUACUUGAUAAGAGCCGUCAACACUCUACUGUUCUUAAUUGUUCAUUUCGGUAAUUUUACAGUGUUCGAAGCAAUAAUCUAGACUUCACAGCGGUUGGGGAGAGGGUUUGUUAUUGCUUUCCAGGACAUUGUAAUAAAUUCUGCAGUUUUCCAGGUUCAAAUGGUGCCGGUGGGCUCAUAUGGGGAAUACGGCAGGCUAAAGCUGUCCUGUGAGAUUUGGGUGUUAUUUAAAAAAAGAAAAGAAAACAGAGGCUGAACUUUCUGUGCUGAGCAGGCAGGAGUCAGUGGAGUCGAACCAUACACAUUUAUUGAUUUAAGACUGCAUGAGAUGCUUUUGUGUCAGCCUUUAGCAUGGGUAUCUUUUAACGAUACGUUUUGUUGUUUUGUACAAAAAAUGCUUUAUGGCUCUUGCCCUACUAUGUAAUAUAUGUGAGGGUAAUGACACAUACUUUUGCACACUUCUGCCUUUGUUUUUAGUGGUGAAUUAUACAAUUCUGAGGCGUAACAGGGUUGCAUUAGGAUUGUGAGAUGCUGAUGUGUUGUUUACAAUAAGAACUUUUUGUUUUAUCUUAAACCUGAAGACCAAUGCCCUGCACAGUUUCUCUAAUUCGAGGGAAAACUCAAAUUUAAUGAAGGUACAUUCGUGGAUUAUCUUUAAAAUACCCAAUAUCCUUUUUUUCCUGAUGCCUAAAGACAACAACACCAUUGCUUGUUAAUUAUGAGUGUCAACUUGUGAAUAUAUUUAAAAGCCCCGCAUUUUGAAAGUUUUUUUUUUUUCUGAAGGAUAAAAAUGAGACGAACUGAUUUUUAUGUUUUUUUACUUUAGAUGUAGUGCAGAUGGUUUAUUCUGUUUCCCUUUUUAAACCUUUACUUUUUUUGUAAAAUUUCCAUCAUCGUGCUGUAUCCUCAAAACACAGGAACAUUAAACUAGAUUAGCACAAAAGGCUCCUGCAGAUUUCCAUAUGUAAUGUUUUUGAAAUAAUGCGUGGGUUUAAAAAAAUAAAUAAGUAUAAUAGUUUUGUGAAUUUGACGGGCCAACAGUUUUGACCUUUUGUCACAUUUUCCCAACCCUGUUUAAGGGAUAUUUGUACUCCAUAAUUGCUUUUUGUUUUUUUUAUUUUAGUUAUUCACAUCAAAGUGUAAAGGGCUUUUUGUUUCUUUUUUAAAGGUCAUACAAUGCACAUAUUUAAUGAGUUGAAGACCUUUCUGUACUUUGAUGUAAUUAUGAUCAUGUAUAUGUAAUAUAGUUGUAAUUUCUGUAAGGGUUGUAUGUAAUUAAGAUGGUUAUUAAAAUGUUACAUAGAAAA